AUGGCGGAACACUUGGCUUCGAUAUUUGGUACAGAGAAAGACAGGGUCAACUGUCCAUUUUACUUCAAGAUUGGAGCUUGUCGUCAUGGCGAUCGCUGCUCUCGCAUCCAUAACAGGCCAACCAUAUCACCUACUAUUGUGCUCAUGAACAUGUAUCAGCGCCCUGAUAUGAUUACCCCUGGGGUUGAUGCUCAAGGCCAGCCGAUAGAUCCUCGCAAGAUGCAGGAGCAUUUUGAAGAUUUUUAUGAGGAUAUCUUUGAGGAACUGAGCAAGUUUGGUGAGAUUGAGACCCUCAACGUCUGUGACAACCUUUCUGAUCACAUGAUAGGCAAUGUGUAUGUCCAGUUCAGAGAGGAAGAUCAGGCAGCAGCAGCUCAUACCGCCCUUCAGGGACGCUUUUACUCUGGUCGCCUAAUAAUUGUUGACUUCUCUCCUGUGACGGACUUCCGUGAAGCGACCUGCAGGCAGUAUGAGGAGAACACCUGCACUCGUGGUGGGCACUGCAAUUUCAUGCAUGUGAAGCAGAUAGGUAAGGAUCUCAGGAAGAAACUCUUUGGGCGCUAUAGGAGAUCGCAACGAGGAAGGAGCCGCAGCCCAAGCCCACACCAUAGGAGAGAGCGUCAUGACCGUGAUGACUAUCGUGGCCGUGAUGAUUUCCGUCGUGGUGGUGGCGGCGGCGGCGGUGGACGGAGGGGUGGGAGCAGUAGGCAUGAAAGGCAUGACGAUGGGGGAAGGCGUAGGUAUGGAGGCAGCCCUCCGAGGCGGGCAAGAAGCCCUGUGAGGGAGAACAGCGAGGAGCGCAGGGCCAAGAUCGAACAGUGGAAUCGUGAGAGGGAGGCGAAGUAA